AAGCUUCCAACGCCGCGUGUUGAACGGUGGCUGCACCACGUAACGGGAACGGUCAGGGCCACGCAUCAGAAUUCGUGCUAGGUUUUGGAACUGCCCUGAAAGUGCCGCGUACGAAGUCGCGUAGCCUUAUCCGCCAAGAUCUGUGUAGAAAAAAAGAGUAGGAGAAAAAGCGAGAGCGUUAAACCCAUCAAAAACCAAACGGGUAGCCCGAGGUAGAACGAGCAGGGAGGAGUUUUAUCAUCAAAAAAAAAAAAUCUUUUUCUGGAGUUGUUUCCCGUAUGGCGGAGCAAGAGAGAUAUAGGAGAGCUGGAUGGCAUCGUGGGUGAAAUGAUUGUAUCAUGUUGCUAGAGCUAAGGGAAUGUUUGCGAGGCUAGAUAUCUUUUGUUGAAUCUGAAAUUGGAGCAAUUGUUUCGCUGUGCAAAAUAAUAUGAAGGCUCAAAUGGCUUUGCGCGCUAAUGAAUUUGGACAGAAUUUUGGUACAGAGAAAUUUUGUCAUAUGCUUUUGACUUUUCUUGAUUUUCUCUAACACUCUCCCUCAAGUUGGUGCAGGAAAAGAUGCCCAACUUGCUAGCAAGGCGACGAAAUUGAUCACGACCCGAAGUUAUAGUAAAGAUAUCGGCUAAUUAACUGGCAGAUGGUGCAUACUUUGUUUGAAGAACCCCUUCUUGAAUUUUUUCAUGGACCAAGUAGCAGUCUAUUUCAAUAUGUUUGGUUCUUCCGUGAAAAAUAGGAUUUGCAGCAAUAUCAAGUGGAUGGUUGAGGAUGAUCAACUUUCAAAUCAUUCAACAAGUAAUGUAACUAAGUCAGCUCACAUAUAGUAGUCGUCGUAGAACGGUAUUUAGCCUCAGCAGAGAAUUGUGAAACUACAUGUUGCUUCUUUGUUUUCCAUGAGAGUAGACUAUCACUCAAAAAGAUACUAUAGCUUGAGGUUAAACAGGUGCCUCGAAGGAUGGCAAAACUUCACUCCCUUCCCCACAUCUAGAUCACUCCCUCACCCCUUCCCACAUCCUCCCCAACAUCACCUAAUGCCUCAAUCUUCCUGUCCAUCACCUCAAACUUUGAUGCCACCAUUUGAUUUCCUUUAAUUAUGACUGGGGCUAGUGAUAGUGUCUCUCCCAUGGCUAAUGCCAUCACUGUCAGAACCAUGAGUGACUUCAUGAUAGAGUUAAGCUGGCAAGCUCUCUGCCCAUAAGGACUGAACCAUUCCACAAGGCCAAGGCAUGUGAAGCAGAGAGAAAGAACUGAGAGAGGCCAUAGAAACCUCCUGCACUUUGGUCAGACCGGAAAGAGCACCUGGAGGGUUCCUCAAGCUCAUUGGCAUAGAGAUCAAUAACCUUCUCUUAUGAGCAAAAGGCAUCAACCAUGCAGAUGUUACUUACAGCCUCAGCAGCAAGUGUGUUCGCUUUUAGGUACGCCUAACUCAAGUUGGCCCUAUAACCUUGCGUGACUAAUUUCUCACGGAUUUGGCCCACUGACCAUCAAUGGGUAUGUGGCUAAGACGACCAGAGUUUAACGCCAAUUCAGGAUGAAGGCGAUGAUGAAUGAGGUUACAAUCAUUCCAAUAUUCUGCAGGAGGAUCGUCAAGUUUCCAGGCGAGACGGCAAUCUUUACCACCCAAUCUUGUUUCUUAAGUUGGCUCCAAACAUCUUCUCUCUCACUCUAAGUGUCAAUCUUUCGCCCAUAAUACGAAAAUUGAGGUGUUUAAUGACAUGGAAUAUUACAGCGAGAACAGCCCCACCAUAGAGGAGGAAGCCAUUGGUGGGAGGAGGAGGAUCAGGUUAAGGCUUUCAUACCAUGUAAAAAUAAUAUGAAGGCUCAAAUGGCUCUUCGUGCUCUAAUGAAUCUGGACAGAUUUUUGGUACAGAUAUUUUGUCGUGCGCCUUUGACUUUUCUUGAUUUUCUCAAACACACUGAUACUAGUACAAUCUGUUCAGUCUUUGUGCUAAGUUUGGUUAAAUCUGUCAAUUGAUUUCUGCCCAGGUUCUCUGAACUUGGUGCCGAGUUCUUUUCCUACUUCUGCUGUUCAUGUACCUCAUGAUUUUUUUGUCCCCUGCUUAACAGCUUGCUCGUCCUUGAAUACUUUCUUGCAUUACUUCCAGGACGAAGAGGGUGCGCAAUCUGCAUGGCGGCACACACCCUGUAGCAGAGGCAGUGGCCAAGUGGAGGAAGCUAAAGUGGCAGCCGGACUGUUCCAAUGAUGGCGAGAAAUAUAUCCAGAGGGUGCCUGCAAAGGGUUCUAGGAAAGGCUGCAUGCGAGGGAAAGGAGGCCCAGAAAAUUCCCACUGUAAUUACCGUGGCGUGAGGCAGCGGACUUGGGGCAAGUGGGUUGCAGAGAUCCGGAAGCCCAACGGGGGCAGUCGCCUAUGGCUUGGAACCUUCAACACUGCAUUAGAGGCUGCUCUCGCCUAUGAUGAAGCGGCAAGGGCAAUGUAUGGCCCCCGUGCUCGCCUCAAUCUGCCUGAAUGCGGCACUGCGGCUAAGGACACAACCUUGGCAGCUUCAGAAUGCUACGAGUCUGCACCAACCACAUCGCAGCAUUCCGGUGUUUCUGGUGUCGAGGAAUCAGAAGUUAAAGCUCCAAAACUGGAAGCAGGAGCUGAAACAAGGAGUGCCAACCCUCCAGAGUCUGCUGUCGAAGCUGUUGCAUGCAUGGUGAAGGCCGAGGCUGAUGAGGAGCUCUUUAAUCACCUUGAUCGCUUACAGGAUCUACACCAGGACAUGUUUGGCAUUGGAGAGAUGAUGGGGAAUGCGGAUGCUGAUCCAUCUAAUAGCACCAGCACCCCCCAGAGUAGGAAGAGCCAGAAAGAUCAGCUUGGAGGGGUGGAUGUGAUUACCGACUGGCAUUUUGGAGAGACUCCUUCAGCUCUCUCAUUCCAGAUUCAGAGUCCGGAUGUGAAGAGGCUGGGAACCUGGUGUCAUGUGGAGCAAUGCCCGGCUGACAUGGACUAUGGCUAUGGUUUUGCCGGACCUAGGAGGCAAGAUUUGGAAAUCGGGGUUGCCGGCGACCAGGGCAUGCCUGAGUUGGAAUUUCCUGACUUGAGCUUGCUCCCAGAAUCGCCGAGGUUGUAGAGUUGAAAUCAGAACUGCCAUACUUUUCUCCGUUUUUGUGGCUCUUGCUGCAAAUAAUAUUUUCUUUGGAAUAAUAUUAUUUGCAGUUUUCUUUGGAAUAAUAUUAUUUGCAGUAACUGAUAGGGUUUAGCUGGUUCUCUCAAGGUUUUUGAGAAUGGGAACUUGGCCCAGAGCAAUGAGAUUGUUAAUUUCUAUUAGCAUUUCUCAGUUUUGGCAUACAGUCGGGUGUAAAUCCUAUGAGCAGAGAUUGCUUGUACAGUGUACUCUAAAUAAAGCAGCGGCAAGAUUUCUAUUAUUCCCA